CUCCAACAAUAGCCAGGGAUCUUUUGCCGGACGAAGAUCACACUGUUACCAAACGUCAUGCCAAUGAAUUUCACUACCGAAGCUUCCAGCAAUGCCUCCGCAAGCUACACCAGGCUUCUUGUAAUCGACUCGGAUCGUCAGUUGAGCUCGAGAGCAUGGCAAAUCUUCUGACCAGAUUACCUGGCGUUGCCAUCAUCACCGGCGCUGGUGGGACAGGUAUUGGUGCCGCGGUCGCAAAGGGUUUCGCGCGUUCGGGCUGCACAAAAAUCGCAAUUACCGACAUCAAUUCUGACACCCUCAAGCACACCAAAGAUGCUAUACUGUCCAUCAACUCAUCGAUCAAGGUGAUCGAUCAAGCAGGAGACAUCGCAGAUGAGGCAUUUGUGGACUCCUUCACCGACCAAGUCACGUCGAAGUUUACAAGGCUUGAUUACGCGGUCAACUGUGCCGGCGUGCUUGGAGGCAAGCCAGUCAGAGCUGUUGACAUGACCAUGGAUGCAUUCGAUAGACUAAACAAUAUCAACUAUCGAGGCUCUUGGCUCAGCUCACGAGCUCAGCUCCGGAACAUGUUGAAGCAGGAGCCAUUGAUAGAGCAGUCCGGACAAAGAGGCUCCAUAGUCAACAUUGCGAGCCAGCUGGGUAUCGUCGCUCGGUCCGGCGCUGCUGCUUAUUGCGCAUCGAAAUCUGCUAUUAUAAACAUGACACGUGCAAACGCUAUUGACUACUCAGAUGAAGGCAUCAGAGUGAACUGCGUUUGUCCAGGUGUCAUCGAAACGCCGAUGACGACAACAUCUCCAGAAAUGGUCAAGGCGUUGAAGCCAGCCAUCAACAUAGCGCCGAUGGAAAGGAUGGGAACCCCAGAUGAGGUAGCUAACGCAGUGCUGUUCCUGUGCUCAACACAAGCAUCGUUCAUCCAGGGACAUGCGCUUGUGGUAGACGGAGGUUACACAAUCAACUAAUUUAUGUCAUAAAUAAACGCUCAACCGCUUUUAACAAGUCAAAGAUACCUAAAGCUUUGG